UGCCCUGUCUGUCUCUGUCUCAAAAGUAAAUAAACGUUAAGAAAAAAAAAUUUAAGAACAAAGACCUCAUUAGCAGGUUUCAUCAACGGUCUAAGGAAAUUUUUCCUAACAUUUUAGCAUGAAAAUUUUCAAGUGCACAUAAAAUACAAAGAUAGUAACAAUUGAACACUAGCUUAAUACACAGAUAAUCUAAAUCAGUACAGAACAGGUUUUCUUUUGCGUUUAGAAUGCUUCUGUUACCUGUUCUAUAAUAUGGAGAAGGCUCAGUCUGUUAACUUCUCUGUUAGAAAAAUUCUGUGUAUGACACCUCCUUUCACUGUGAGACCCCCUUUGACCUUCAUCGGGAAAUGCUGCAUCGUUUAUAUUUAAAGUCAGGGUUAUGGGUUGAAUUGUGUCCCCUCAAAAAGAUAUGUUGAAGUCUGUGAUAUUGUAAUUUAUAAUAACAAGUAGUUGACCCUUGAACAAUGAAGGGUUGGGGGCACUGACACCCCCAUUCACACAGUGGAAAAUCCGUGCGUAACUUUAAUUGCCCCCGCUCAAAAAAAAACUACAAGUACCCUACUGUUGAUGGGUUACCACUAACCUAAACAGUCGAUUAACACAUAUUUUGUAGAUUAUGUGUAUUAUAUACUGUAUUCUUAACAAUAAAGUAAGCUAGGGAAAAGAAAAAGUUACUAAGAAAAUCAUGAGGAGAAAAGACAUAUACAGUACUGUACUAUAAAAAAAACCCACCCGUAAGUGGACCUGGGUCCUUCCAACUCCUGUUGUUCAAGGGGCAAAGGUAUAUAUUUGGUCUUUGUUUCCAUUUCUGACAAAGCUCCUAAAACCUUGGGAAUUUCCUAAGUGAUUGUAAUGAUAAAAGUGAAAUGAGUGUCUUUUGUUAUUUAUAUAACAAGCCCCUUUCAACCGCACUGGAAUUUGUGUUAUUUAGGUUACUUUUGGGAAGCCCCUGAGGAUAGGGCUUGGGGGGGUGGCGGGUAGAAUAGAAUAGAAUAGAGACCUUGAUUUGAAGAUUAGAAUUUUCAGUCCCACCUUCCACUUCCUAGGAGAGGAGAGGGCCUGGGUUGAUGUAGUCGCCAAUGGCCGGUGGUUUAAUCUAUCAAUGCCUUCAUAAUGAAGCCUCCAUAAAACCCCAGAAGGUUGUGGUUCAGAGAGCUUCUGGGUUGAUGACCACGUGGAGAUUCAGGGACAGUGGCUCCCAGAGAGGGCAUGGAAGCUCUGCACACUUUCCGUGCACCUUUGCAUAUCUUCCAUUUGGCUAUUCCGGAGAUACAUCCUUUGAUCAUAAGCUGGUAGUCUAGUAAGUAAAUGUUUUCCUGAGUCUGUGAGCCACUCUAGCAAAUUAAUAGACUCCGGAGAGAGGGUCAUGGAAACUUCCAGUUUAUAGCCGGUGGGUCAGAAGCACAGGUAACAACCUGGACUAGGAUCGGUGACUGAAAUAGGGGCUGCAGACCCUUCAGCUAUGUGAUCUGAUGCUGUCUGUCGGUAGUGUCAGAACUGAGUUGAAUUAUAGGACACCCAGCGGGUGUUGGAGGAUUGUGUGGUGAGAGGAGACACAGGAGUGAGUUUGCCCUUUAGAAAAGCCCUAACUCCCAAUGCCUCAGAGUAUGACUUUGCUUGGAAAUAGGGUCUUUGCAGAAGUAGUGAAGUCCGAAUGAGGUCAUCAGGGUGGGCUGUAACCCAGUAGGACUGGUGUCCUUACAAAAAGAGGGGAUUUGGAGACAGGCAUGCAGAGAAGAAAGAUGAUGUGAAGACCCAGGGAAAGUACUUACAAUGUGAAGACUGACAGGAUUGGUGUGAUUUGUCUACAGGCCAAGGGAUGCCUGAUGAGGCUGCAAGAAGCUGGGAAAGCCUGGGAGAGACGCCUUAAUCCCAGCACCUUCAGAAGGAACAUGGCCUUGCUGGCACCUUGAUUUCAGGCUUCCAGAACGGAGAGAUAAUACGUUUCUGUUGUGUUAAGUAACCCAGUUUGUGGUACGGUCCCAGGAAACUGGAGUCAGCCAUCACGUUCCCUGUUGACUGAAGAAAUACUAAUACCUGGACCCAGUGUAGAGCGACAUGACAUGAACACCCUAAGCCUGCCCCUGAACAUUCGCCGAGGGGGGUCCGACACCAACCUCAACUUUGACGUACCGGAUGGCAUCCUGGACUUCCACAAGGUCAAACUCAGUGCGGACAGCCUGAAACAAAAAAUUCUGAAGGUGACAGAGCAGAUCAAAAUCGAGCAGACGUCCCGCGACGGCAAUGUUGCAGAGUAUCUGAAACUAGUCAACAGCGCAGACAAGCAGCAGGCGGGCCGCAUCAAGCAAGUCUUUGAGAAGAAGAAUCAGAAGUCCGCUCACUCCAUUGCCCAGCUCCAGAAGAAGUUAGAACAGUAUCAUAGAAAGCUCAGGGAGAUCGAGCAGAAUGGAGCCUCCAGAAGCGCAAAGGACAUUGCCAAAGACAACCUGAAGGACGUGCCGCACUCCCUGAAAGAUGCCCACGCGAAGUCUCGAACUGCUCCCCACGGCACGGAGUGCGGUAAAUCGGGCAUGCCGGGCGUGUCCCUCACCCCGCCCGUGUUCGUCUUCAAUAAGUCCAGGGAGUUUGCCAACCUGAUCCGGAAUAAGUUUGGCAGCGCCGAUAACAUCGCUCACUUAAAAAAUUCCCUGGAGGAAUUUAGGCCUGAAGGGAGUCCGCGGGCCUAUGGGGGCAGCGCCACCAUUGUGAACAAACCCAAGUACGGCAGCGAUGACGAGUGUUCGAGUGGCACGUCGGGCUCCGCCGACAGUAACGGGAACCAGUCCUUCGGGGCCAGCGGAGCCGGCACGCUGGACAGCCAGGGCAAGCUCACCAUGAUCCUGGAGGAGCUGAGGGAGAUCAAGGACACCCAGGCACAGCUGGCCGAGGACAUCGAGGCGCUGAAGGUGCAGUUUAAGAGAGAAUACGGUUUUAUUUCUCAGACGCUGCAAGAGGAAAGAUACAGGUACGAGCGACUGGAAGACCAGCUGCACGACCUGACGGAUCUGCAUCAGCACGAGACAGCCAACCUGAAGCAGGAGCUGGCCAGCAUCGAGGAGAAGGUGGCCUACCAGGCCUAUGAGCGCUCACGGGACAUCCAGGAAGCCUUGGAAUCCUGCCAGACUCGCAUUUCUAAGCUGGAGCUCCACCAGCAAGAGCAGCAAGUCCUGCAGACAGACACCGUGAAUGCCAAAGUGCUCCUGGGGAGGUGCAUAAACGUGAUCCUGGCCUUCAUGACUGUCAUCCUAGUGUGUGUGUCUACCAUUGCCAAGUUUGUCUCGCCCAUGAUGAAGAGCCGCUUCCACAUUCUCGGCACUUUCUUCGCCGUGACUCUUCUUGCGAUAUUUUGUAAAAACUGGGACCAUAUUCUGUGUGCCAUAGAAAGGAUCAUAAUACCCAGAUGAAGCCGCGGGUUCCUGUCUUCAGGUUCUUUCAGAUUUAUGUUUUAAAGAAAACUGUGCAUCCUACCAAAUUUUCAAAUGAACGGGGUUGUGCUGACUAGAGGUGACCAGGCCUGGGCUGUGCAUUGUAAAUAACUACAGUUCCCUCCACACGGUAGUACUUGCCGGCUCAGUCCCCAUCCUUAGCGAAUAUGAAUCUGUUUCAGAGCUCUCCCCACGUCGCUCACUGCCUUAAUCACACCAGAUCUUCUGCCCACCUGACUAGCCCAGCAUGGCCAGCCUCUGGUUAUUGAGCAUUUGACAUAAUUAAUGAUCCAGAAGAAAAGGGAUUUUAAGUCUCUGUCUCUCUCUUAAGUCUCUCUCACAGUCGAGCUUCACUGUUGCUUGUGGUUGCAUUUUUUCCCUGAGUCCUGUUAGCAGCAAGGAUGUAGCAGCACUUGGGGAGGGGAAGUACGCGCAUUGGCCACGGUGAACCCUCGUGGCCUUUGAAAGUACAGAAAAUCCUGUGUCAUCCAGUCCACUUGUCCAGAGGACCCUAGGCCCCACCUGUUCCCAGUGUCUAUAGCGGUCAGUCGUGCGUGACUCACAAGUAACACGGAAAUCUUACGACACGCCUGUUGAUCCAUCAGACGUCUAACUUAGAUGUUUUGUCUUGCACUUUAAAUGGUAAGAUGCGAAGAUUUAUGAGUGGGGCUUUCACCUUCUAACAUCCAGGGAGCCACACGUUGAUUUUAUCUGAAGUGGCCGUUGAAUGCCUUGCCUUCAAGCAUGUAGAAAUUCUUCCAAAUCCCACAUCAAGCCAUGGCUUGAACAUCAGGGUCCAGUAAGCACUACUCUGGAGGUUUGUAUUUCAGCACAUCUUAAUUGUGAUAGACCCCCUGUGAGGAUGUGAUUCACUCUAUUCCCUGGCUUGCGAGGGAUCGCAAAUCUCACUCCACAAAUGAAAACAAAUGAUGCUCGUGUCGUGGGGUUUUUGUUUUUCUUUACGACAACAGAAUUGUACUUUUAUAAAGCGAAAGUGCACUGAGGUAGGCGCUCUGGAAGCAGGAGGGAAAUAGGAUGUGUGGUCUAAUGGGGUGGCAGUCGGAUCAGGGGGAGCAGUCGACCUGGAUGGAGACUGAGAAGGUCCUCUUAUGACCCUGUGAGACCAGCCGGAAUCACAUAGAUUGAUCCAGUGUCCACGCGAAGGCUGUCUGUCAUCUCUCGGGAUCUUCCUGAGAUCCCAGGUAAUAGAGGGGCCAGGUAAUAGAGGGGCCGCACUUCUUCCCCUGAGGUGAAAGCAUUCAGAAGUUAACAUCCUCAACCUGUUUGAGGGAUUCUACUCACUACUUUCAGCCCAGAUGAUACUCCCCUUUAAGUCUCUUUCUCUCUGUACCUACUGAAAAUGAAGUUAGAAGAUUUUUUUUUUUUUUCAACGUGUAUUUAUUUUGGGGACAGAGAGAGACAGAGCAUGAACGGGGGAGGGGCAGAGAGAGAGGGAGACACAGAAUCGGAAACAGGCUCCAGGCUCUGAGCCAUCAUCAGCCCAGAGCCCAACGCGGGGCUCGAACUCCCAGACCGCGAGAUCGUGACCUGGCUGAAGUCGGACACUUAACCGACUGCGCCACCCAGGUGCCCCGAAGUUAGAAGAUUUUAAUGGAAACGGCUGUUCAGUCCUGCCUCCUGCCAUCCGCUCUGUUCUCUGAAGGCGUAAAGAUGUAUGUUAGUGUACAUUUUCUUCCAGAAAACAUCAAAUCGCCUGGAUUUAAAUUAAGUGCAAUAUUUUGCGAACAGCUGCUCUUGGGGAAAUCUCCUGAAAAAAAAAAAAUGUGACAGUGCGCCAUGGUUUGAGAGAGUGGAACAGUCGAGCAUUUGGUACAAGUCCAGCGUGUGUGAGACUUAGACAACUCAAGCUUUCUUCUUUUAACUUGACAGUUCAGUGGUUUUAGUAAAUUCACAAACUUCUUCAACUGUCCCCACUAUCUAAUUCUGGACUCAAGCUUCUUAGAAACAGUAACGAUCAUUUCAUGAAAUCUUUGGCUGUUAAGCAUCUUGGAUUCAGGGAGGACAGAGUCAGCAGCCCUACCCCCAUCUCAUGGCCGUGUCCCCUUCCACCAUCAGACUCGCCCUUGUUCUGCCAAGUUGGCUGUAAAUACACUGUGAUCCGUCAAACCCAGGGGACAGAAAAGAGUUCCAGAUCCAGGGAUGGGAGGGAGAAAGAACGGUGUGCUUUCUUUCGCUUCUGUAUUUUAAUGGCCAGCAUUCUCCUUCCCCUGUGGGCGUCAGUCUCCAUUCGGCUGAGGGCUGGAUGCAGCUUCCACCCCUGGGUCCUGGUGGGCGCCUCUCAAUUUCUGCGCAUCUUUCUGAGGCACUUUGCAAAUGCCAGAGGUUGCGGCGGAUGUAGAUACUGCUGUUACUUUUUAGAGAGAGGGAGAGAGAUUUCUAGCCCUUUGAGGUUAAGGGUUGCAGGGGAGGACCCAGGACGUGGGCCAGCUUCACUGGCCACCACGCUCCACUCGACAUUCGCUUUGGCGCUUCCCAGACCUGCAUCCGUGUGUCUCCUCUCCGCUGCAGAAGUAGGGGAGGAAGUGGAAAGCCACACACUCUGCCCCCUCCAGUCUGGAGCUGUUAACAGAAGCGGCUAGAAACUGGCUCUGCUCUGAAAUCUAGGGUCUAAAUCGUCCCAUUUGAUCAUGCCUUCUUUUGCACAGAAUCUGUACGUCCACCAGUUCUCACUAGACGUCAGAUAACUUUGUUUUCACUUGGGUAUGCUCAACCUACAUGGCAUGCUUAUUUUAGAGUCUUGUUGAAAGUUCAUGAAGCUUUUUAAUAAGUUGAUACACUCCAAGGAGACCUUUACCCUCUGUGGUUUACUGCUCUCUUAAGGAAUAAACCCUCCCAUUGUCUUUCCUUUCCCGCACAAGGGUAAGAUUAAGUAAAAUUUUAUACAUUAUUCAAUUAAAAAUAGUGAUCCAACUGGGAUAUAUCAUGGAAUUGGUUAUUUAAUUUACAUUUAAGUCCGCUAAUCCCUUUCCCCACCUUUCAUUCGUAGUAAAGAUGAAGCCCGUCAUGGGAUGGUCAGGCACCUGCUCUCUCAGCACACUGAGUGCUUUAAGAUACAGGGGCAUCUGGGUGGCUCAGUCGGUUAAGUGCCGACUUCAGUUCAGGUCAUGAUCUUGCAGUUCAUGAGUUCAAGCCCUGCAUUGGGCUCUGUGCUGACGUCUCUGCUUAGGAAUCCGUGUCUCCCUCUCUCUCUCUGCCCCUCCCCUAGUCGUGCUUGUUUUUCUUCUCUCUCUCUCAAUAAUAAACAUGAAAAUUAAAAAAAGAUACUGGAUAUUGCAUUCUAGCACAGGAUUUUUUUGUGACAUACUAUUUUCAUGAUCACCAAGAUAAUGAUAGUUCGCUAAGGGCAAAACAAAAAUCUAAAAAUCCUCUUAUGUGGGUAUUGGAAUCAGUUAUCCCAGUUUACAUUUUGAGUAUGAUCAAGCCAGAACAAAACAUUGAACUCCACCCCCCCCCCCAAUUCAAACCACAGCGAAGCAGUAAAUAAAAGUACUCCACUGCUGAUUUUGUACAGAGAGUAGGAUCAGCCCCCGGUUUCUAGCAUGUGGUUUUGCUUACGUGAUGAGUAUGAACUGUUGACAGACUGAGAUCUCCGCUUCCAUUACGGCCCAAACGCAGUUAUCCCUCUCCAUCAAUUAGCAUCCGUGGGAAUUAGCCCUUCUACUUUGUCACUCUUGUUUUUAUUGGAAUAUUGCCCUGCUAGGUAUGUUUACUGCCCUGCCUUUUCUCCAGCAUAUCAGGUUUAAUUAUGGGAUCAAUAACUGUGAUGGGAAUUGGAGUCCCUCAAGCAACUAAUUAUUAUUGUCCUUUUGGAUUGAAGUUGAAAUACCAAAUUGUUUUGCAUCAAAUAGGAACAUCUUUUUAUGGAAUCUAAGUAUGAUUGUAUUGGUUUGGAAAAGCAUUUCGGUAUGCUUAUUAAAAUGAGCAUGUGUGAUUAAACAACCUCUACUGCAUAUUUCUAUAAUUUUGAGGAGUGAGCCAGGAGUAGGGUGAAAUGGCAUUUAAGAUUCAGGGCUUUAGCUGGAGAGAAAUGUUUCAAGAAGUUUAACACACGUGCUAAGGAAGGAGUUGGUCUAAAAGGAUAAAUCACUGAAAAGAAUAAUAUUGGCCAUUUACAUCAAAAAUGGUUAGGAAGCUAAAAGAAGGUACAGUGAACAAGAGUUUGGUCACCCAGAAGAUAAAAAGCAGAACUAACCUAUAAUUUUCUAAAGUCAGUACAAUUCUCUGUUUAUAAGAAGCUGGAAAGUAAUGUACCUUGAUUGUUUUAGGAGUAAUUGAUGUGUUGCAAUUUUAAUUUAUUUAAAACAUGUCUCCUGUGUUUGUCCUAAGAGAAAUGUUUCAACAAAACGUGCUCUGUGUUUAUGUUUAGGCCGUAGUUAGCAGUUCUGAAAAUGGAAACUAGAAUGUUUAUUGUGAGGUCUUUUCUAGAAUUUCCAUUUGGUGAGAUACCAUAUAGUUUCAUGUCAGCCUAAAAUUGUAAAUUCUGCGUAGACUGUCAACCCUAUUCAAAGCAGGUGCCAUUAUUUUUUUAAAUAAACACUUGAUGUUAGCUUUGAUGUUAAAUAAAGAGUUAGAUUUCUUACA